UUUCGUUUCGGCGUUCGUCGCGCACGCGUAUCCGGUUCACAGUACAAAAAUAUCACUUGUUAUUAUUGUCGUACAGCAGAUAAUAUUAUAUUAUUGUUAAAUUGUUAUUAUUUUUAUAUUAUAAAUUAUUAUUUUUUGUUAUUAUUAUAUAUUAUUAUCGUGUUGACAAUAUUAUAUAGAUAUAUAUAUAUAUAUUAAAUAAUACUAUUGUAACGUCGUGUACCGUAAGCCGCGAUAUCAUUUACACUCGCGCCGUUAUCUCUUUGGAUUUACAAAAAAUCGCAGCCAUUCGAUCGUCACUAACAGUACUAUUUUACCAAAUUUUUUUUUAUUAAAAAUUAAAAUGGAGAAUUCUGAAGGAGUGAAAAUUGAAUCAACUGUUGUUACAGAAGAGCCAUUGAUUAGUGCUUUAGAUAUUGCUCUUUUCGUUGUCAUUAUAACAGUAGCAUAUUUUUGGUACUUCAAAAGAGAUAAACAGUCUAGUUCUUCAGAAAAAAAACCCUACACUAUUCAACCAUCUUCAUUGAGUUCUAUUGAACAGACCUCCAAUAGUUCCUUUAUAAAAAAACUAAAAUCAACCGGGCGUAGUUUGGUAGUAUUUUAUGGAAGUCAAACAGGAACUGCAGAAGAAUUUGCUGGAAGAAUAGCCAAAGAAGGGGCUAGAUAUAAAAUGAAAGGGAUGGUAGCUGAUCCUGAAGAAUGUGAUAUGGCAGACUUGGUAGAAAUGAAAGAAAUACAAAAGUCAUUGGCAAUUUUUUGUAUAGCAACAUAUGGUGAGGGAGACCCAACAGAUAAUGCUAUGGAUUUCUACGAGUGGCUUCAAAAUGGUGACGCUGACCUAGAAGGAUUAAAUUAUGCAGUAUUUGGAUUGGGAAAUAAGACUUAUGAACACUAUAAUGAAAUUGCCAUUUAUAUCGAUCAACGUUUAGAAGAAUUGGGUGCUACUAGAGUUCAUGAAAUUGGUCUAGGUGAUGAUGAUGCCAAUAUUGAAGAUGACUUUGUUUCUUGGAAAGAAAAAUUAUGGGAAAGUGUUUGCUCCCAUUAUGGUAUUGAAGAAACUGGUGAAGAAAGUAAUAUUAGACAAUACAAAUUAGUAGACUGUUCUGAAGUUUUACCAGAACGAAUAUUUUCGGGUGAAAUAUCACGACUUAAAUCUUAUGAAAAUCAAAGAUUCCCAUUUGAUGUCAAGAACCCAUAUUUAUCCAAAAUUGCAGUUAAUCGUGAGCUGCACAAAUCUGGCGACCGCUCUUGUAUGCAUAUUGAGUUUGAUAUUGAUGGAUCAAAAAUGAGAUAUGAUACAGGUGAUCAUGUGGCUGUCUAUCCUAAAAACUCUUCCGAAUUAGUAGAUAAAAUUGGAGAAUUAUUAAAUGCUGAUCUAGAUGCUGUAUUUUCAUUAUUGAACACUGAUGAGGAAUCAAGUAAAAAACACCCAUUCCCUUGUCCUUGUACUUAUCGAACAGCUUUAACUUAUUAUUUGGAUAUUACUUCAAAUCCACGCACACAUAUUAUGAAAGAAUUAAUAGAAUAUGCAAGUGAUCCAAAGGAUCAAGAAAAAUUAAAGCUUAUGGCAAGCUCAACCCCAGAGGGCAAAAAAGAAUUUCAUGAAUGGAUUUUACGUGACAACCGUAAUAUUGUUCAUAUUUUGGAAGAUUUACCAAGUGUUAAGCCCGAUUUGGACCAUUUAUGUGAACUACUUCCACGAUUACAGUGUCGUUAUUAUUCAAUUUCCUCGUCUCCAAAAGUGUAUCCAAAAUCUAUUCAUAUUACUGCAGUUCUAGUAAAUUAUACUACUUCUACUAAUCGUGUCAAUAAAGGUGUUGCAACUAACUUAUUAGCUCAACUGAUACCAACCAAUGAUGAACUUCCACAACCUACUAUUCCUAUUUAUAUUAGACGAUCUCAAUUCAGGUUGCCUCCCAAAAGUCAAACUCCAAUUAUAAUGAUUGGUCCUGGUACAGGACUAGCACCAUUCCGAGGUUUUAUACAAGAAAGAGAUUAUGCACGCAAAGAAGGCAGAGAAAUUGGAGAAAUGGUACUCUACUUUGGAUGUCGAAAGAAAGAUGAAGAUUUUAUUUAUGAAAAUGAGUUACAAGAAUAUGUUGCAAAUGGAACUUUGACAAAACUACAUUUGGCAUUUUCACGUGACCAACCUGAAAAGAAAUAUGUAACACAUUUGUUAGAACAAAAUGCUGAUGAAUUAUGGAAUAUAAUCGGUGAAAAAAGUGGUCAUUUAUAUGUUUGUGGUGAUGCAAGAAGCAUGGCAAAGGAUGUGCAUAGUAUUAUUGUAAAAGUUGUCAUGGAAAAAGGUCAAAUGACCAAUAGCCAAGCACUCAAUUAUGUUAAAAAAAUGGAACAACAGAAAAGAUAUUCUGCCGAUGUAUGGAGCUGAUUUAUAAAACUGUUACAGACUCUGUCUUUUAUAAAUGUACAAUGUUGAACAAUUUUGUUUAGAAACAUUUUAAGAAUAAUUCAUUUACUAAAAAAAAAAAUAGUAACAACAAAAAUGGAAGAGAUGUGGGCUUCUUAUCUGUUUUAGUUAUUAAUUUAUUUAUAUUGUUGUGAAAAAUGUAUAAAAGAUACUAUAAUAUUUCUGUUUUGAAGCUAUUUUAAAUUAUAUAUGAUAAAGUUUUACUAUUGAAAAUUUUAUAACUUCUAUUAAAACUAUUAGAUUUAUUUUUAUGAAAUCAAUAAAUUAUUGAUAUUUUUUCCUUAUAAGUAUGCCUUAUGACACAAUUCAAAAGUAUAUAAUUAAAUCUAAAAAAAAUUAUUUAUAUAUAUUUAUUUUUUGGUUUCAUAUAAUAAUAUAUUAUAUAAGAAUACUGUCUUCAUAACUUAUAACACCCAAGAAAAUAUUACCUUAAUUAAAUCAAAAUACUAGUUAUUAUAUUAUUCAUAAUAUAUAACAUAUUAUAUACUAUUAACGGAAAUGUAAGGUAUUUUGCUUUAGAGAAAGUGACAUUCCUGAAUUUUGUGUUUCGUGUCAGAUGUACAUAUAUAUUUUAUAAUAAAUAUUUUCAUACAAUAAAAAAAAUAUACUUAGUAAAUAGUAAAGAUGAAUAAUACAUUUUCUGAAUAAUUAUAGUAAACAAUUAGGUAUUUUGUUAUCAUAAAUAAAUUAUGAAAUUAAAGAUAAAUAUUUUCAAAUAAAUUAUGUAAUAAUAAUUUAAGAUAAACGUAUUUUUAUGCCCAUUUUAAUAAGGUGCUGUAUUAUGUUUCGUUUUUUUUUUUAACCAUGUUCAUAAUGAAAACAUGCAUUGUGUACUUAACUUACAGUGUAUUGUAUACUUGCCAAUUGGGUCAUUCUACAAAAUAUUAGAUGUUUUAAUUGACUCAACUUUAGAUUACGCUAGUGAUUGUAAUGAACAACGUGUUUCAAGUCUUCCACAACUAAAUUGCUAGUUACCAUAAAUAUAAGCCAAUGUUUAAUCGCUUGUAUUUUAUAUAUGGUGCAAUUAACAUGAUUACAUUGCUUUUGUAAGUAUUAUUUUAAUUGAUAAAUCACUCAACAUCAUUUGAUUUUAAAUAUUGUUAUGUAAUGAUGAAAAAAAAAUUAAAAUGGUACUUUUUUUUAUAUUCACAGAAAUAUAUAUUUUGUUUGUAUAAUUUUUUAUAUAAAAUGUGUUGGUAUAAUGGGUUUGUUAAAAUUUUAUUUAAAUUCUGAUGUAUUUAUUUCUUUGUAAAACUCUUCAAUUUGUUAUAACACGGUGUACUUUAUUGUGAGAUAUUUUUAUGAGCGUUACCAUUGUAGUAAGCAUUUAAAAACCACCCUUUAUUCUGAGUUCUAACUAACAGAAAAUAGUUAAACUUAUCUGUGAUUGUAGUAGUUAUGUGAUCAUUACACAGCUGACUCAUUGAAUACUGCCGAUUGUGUUAAAUGUUUUAAACUAUUAUCAAAUAAAUAUGAAUUUAAAAUAA